CGCAGAUUGCAGCAUGGACCGGCGGGUGCUGGUCAAGGACGACGCGUGCGGCCGGCUCUUGGCACUGCACCUUGAGCAGUCGGGCGACGAGGCUGCGCCACGCCUCAUCAUACAUGCGCAUGCCUUCAACCCAGCAACCUCCGUGUUUGCGACGAGCGAAAAACGGGUCGUAUGCGAUCUGCCGGUACCCAAAGCGACGUACGGCACCUCCGAGCUCUUGGCCGCUGCAUUCGUCGACGACGACGGACUUGGCAUGCACAUGCUCUUUCUCGUACUCUUCUUGCAUGCCCACGGCCAUGUCGCUCUCGUGCGCGUAUCGCCCCAUCUGUCGGCGGUGGACGACCUGGCGCUUCUUGAGGUCGCCGCGUGGCACAACCACCGAUGCCACGCGCGCCUCGUCGAUGGACCACGCAUCUUGCUCUACUCGUCGUCGUCCAAAGCCAUGCAGCUGCUUGCGUGGAACAGCAACGAGGACGACGGCAAGUUACAGCCGCUCACGGGCGAGAUGGCGCUGCCAGCAACGACGCUGGGCAUGCCACAAUGCCAGCGCAUCGGCACGCAUCUGCUUCUGCACACUGUUCUACCCGACGACGUCCACGUGUGGGAGACGCUUCCGCUGUGGCCGCUGCCCAGCCUUGAGAAACGCGUCAAGCGCGAUAUACCCGACCUCUCGCCGUGCGCGUACCUCCCAGCGCCGACGACUUCAACGACGACCAGUGUGUACAUCCGCAGCAGCGACGACAGUCGGCCGACGCAUCUCUUUGUCGGCACGAUGGCGCCGUCGCUGGUGGCCUACCGGUACAACUGCGUCGUUGCGAGCUUGCAGCUGCCCGGACCCGCCAUCGACAUCCAGCAAGCUGCCGUGGACGCGACGCAUGGCGUUCUCGCAGUGCUUUGCAACGACGCGCAGCAAACGCUGCUCAUUGUCUCGGCGCACGACGAUACCCUUACCAUGGUACAAGAGAUUGCGCUGGUCGACCGCGUGUUGAUCGCCGACUUCAAGGGCACUGGCCGCGACCAGCUCCUGUGCCUCUCGGAGCAGUCGGUCGACGACAUUCUUGGGCGAUGGCUGCUCACCGAUCUCUCGUACGUCCACACGGACCCGGCCAAGGACAAGAAGGUGAAAAAGCGCAAAGCCAAAACCAAACUGCACGUGCAACUCGACAAGAUGAUGCCGCCGGAUCGGUCUCAAAAGGUAGAUGUCUCGCCAAGUAUCUCGACUCAUUUUUCCUCGGAGCUUCUCGCGAUUGAGCAAGCCAUGGUGCACAAGGCGGCGCAGGCGACAGCCGACAACACGCGCCUUGGCCGCUUUGUGGACGAAAAGAAGAGGCUCCUCGAGCUCUUGUACCAGCACUGCGCGCAGACCGUCGAUGCCCAGGCGGCGCCAGAGCAAGAUGCACCAAAAACAAUCGAGUUACUCGCCCUCGAGACGGUGCUGCCAGCAGAGACGCCAGCACCGGCAGCCGUUGUCUCGCUAUCGUCCUUGCGGCGGCCGAGUCUGUGGAUGCUCAAGCACUGGGAACCCGUGGCUGCGCACCAUACCCCGACGUCGAUGGUCAUCGACGUCGCGCUGACGGUUCUGCACAGAGCCUCCGAUGUGUUGACCGACGUUGCGGUGCACGCCGUGUCGUCGUCGUCGCUUGGAAGUGUCUCUGCCCAUCAGCCGAGCGUGGUCCCCGGCGCCGAGUGCAAUGUGGUCUUGCAGCUAGCGCUCAGCUACGGCGUCCUUGAGAUGGCGUGUGAUCUUUGCAUUGCCUACACCGAUGUCGGCGGUGGCGAGCGCUUGUUUCAGCCACUGGCGCCGCUGGCCAUUGGCACCGCCGACCUCCUUCGACUGCGAGCGACGGUACCGCGCCCCGACAUCGUGACGGACCUGAUCGUUGUCUCGCCUCACAUCGAUUUGACGCAAGCCGUGCCAGUGCUGCAAGCGGCCAUGCCAGAGCGGAUUGAAGCGCAGCUGCUCCGCCCGUCGAUCGCAUCGCUCUGUAUGCAAAGUCAUAGCCGCAUCGAAGCGCGGUUGAUGCGAGCGCAUCUGAUGCAAGCACUGGAUGGCUGCACGGUGCUAAUGAGCCCGUUUUCGCGGACGCACAUGGAGGGUUUGCAGUCGUGUAUGCGUGCGUUGCGGAAGGAGCUCGCAUUUUUGCAAGGCAGCGCGUCCGUCGACGACCUUCGAAGCGCGCAAAUUCAACUCGACGUUGCAAUGGGUCAUUUGCACAAGGCGCUGACAGAACGCGCAGAGACGAGCGGCGAGACGCGAGAUACCUAACUCACUAGAUCUAUCGCCCACGAUGAAGUUCCAACGAGCCGCGACGAUCGUGG